GGAAAGGAUCGCUGUCCCAGGCAAUCUCUCCCCACGCAGCUGGGCCCCUGGCACACAGACCCCCUGGCACGGAGGCACUGGGCAGGCUGCGCCCAGCCGUACCCAAACUGCCAGGGUCGCUGGCACCUUGAGAUGGGGGAGAUCCCAACACCCUGUCUGCCCUCAGGGCCGGGCCCAGCCCCAUGGCAGAGGGCAGGAGAGAGCCCCCCCAUGCCAGCUGUGCCCAGCACUUAGAUCCAGCUCCUUUUGCUCUGUCUCCUGGGCAUCCCCAUCCCCGGGCGCUCGGCCCUGACCUGUCGCAGCGGCCUCCUGCAGAGCCGUAGGUGCCCCAAGCCCGCCGUGGGCCGGGGUGACGGCUGCUGGGACCCGUCUUAGGGAGGGCGGCGCUUGCAGGCCCCGCUCCCGGUGCUGCCCCUAGUGACAGGGCAGCCGCCCCAGGGCGAGUCCGGGCUCGGCUGCCCUGGGGAUUUGUUCAGCGGCUCCGGGAUGUUGGGGUCGGCGGUUCGCUCUGCGCCCUGCCUCAGCCCUGCUGGCUGUGCCGUUUGCAGCGACGCCGGUUACUGCCCUCAGAACAAGUUCAGCCUGGGGAAGAGCUACGGGCAGCUGAACUCGCAGCUCCUGACCGGCCCCGAGGUGGCUGGCUCCAGCCAGCUGGUGCUGCAGCCCACCCCUGGGCCCUGCGAUGGUGCCCAGCCCGUGGAGCAGGCAGAGGAGCUGCUGGGGACGAGGCCGGCCUGCUGGGGGGCAGGAGCUCAGCCGCUGGGAUGCUGCGUGAUCCCAGGCUACACAGGAUUCAUUCCCAGGACCCAGAACCUCUUCGCCAAGACCUACCCCGAGAUCUGCAAGGAGGCCAGGAGUGACUUUGCCAGGCAGCAGCUGAGAGCCACAGGCAAGGAGCAGGAGCUGCAGAGGGCAGGGCGGCUGCCCCAGGGCACCAAGGGCAAACUCCUCACUGCCAAGUACAGGACUCUGGGCCCGGCAGCAGCCCCCUACAUAUCGCCCUUUGCCUUCCAACCGCAGGGCUCCCCCUACUCCAUGGAGAACAACAACCCCCACAAAUGCUUCAUCUCGGGCUUCACCGGCUUUGUGCCCCGCGCCCGCUUCCUGAUCGGGGCAGGCUACCCGCUGACCACCCACCGCGCCCUGGUGGAGUUUGGCCAGAACAGUGGGAGCGGGCCUGAGGCCGGGAAAGGCAGCACGGUCCUUCCUCCACUGCUGAAGUCGUACCCCACGGACAUGGGGCUGCUGCCCCACUACGCAGGCUACGUCCCAGGCUACAAGUUCCAGUUUGGCCACACCUACGGCCAACUUACCCACAACGCCUGGGGCUGAGCACCCUGGAGAAGCAGAUGGCGACUAGCAGCCGCAGCUGGGCCGGUUCCAUCCCGGCGCUGUUUGGAGCCUGCCCCGCCAUGUACAGGAGCAAUAAAGAGAAGGAGCC